AUGGCUUCCAUCGCGCCGGCCAUGAGGUGGCAAAUCCAUCGAACUGUGGCUCAGACAGUCCGGGUACCUUUGAGGCAAAUUGCGACGACCGCACGACUCCUGCGCCAAGGACCUGGAACUGGCGAGAACUUCGAACAAGCCAACGACCCUACCGCCCGAAAACUGACUCCCAAUGUGUCCCAGACAAAUGAGACACCGGUUGACGCGAGGGGUAACCAAGAUGCCCGCCUUCAAGAGAUGGUGCCAGAGGGAGAGAAAGCCAGAAUUAUGCAGGCCCCGAACAGGGAAAAGCCGUGGUCAAGGAGUCAGCUGCCCAGAGAGCUGGCGAUGACGGGUCCAAGAUUCGAACAGACGAUCAUGGAGACGCAGCCUCGCCCCUUCGCUGCAAUUGAGCUCAUCCACAAGCAACCUGUCCGUUGGGUCAAGGGCAAGAGCGUGGCCUGUGACGGUGGUGGUGGCCCUCUAGGGCAUCCACGAAUUUUUAUUAACUUGGACAAACCCCAAGUUUGCUGGUGCACGUAUUGCGGUCUACCAUAUGCCAAGGAAGAACACAAGCAACAUCUUGAAUCAUUACCCUCAACGUCUUAUCCACUUGCACCCACGGGCGACCCAGCACAAGUCCAAAUGCCAGCUACACUCAGUCAAAAGGGCGAGAUUCAAGGCCAUUAUCCAUUAUUGAAGGGCGAGCAUGAGGCAGAGAGUGUAGGUAAAGAGUCAUUCGAGCAGAGAUGA